UACUGUUGUUAGGUUGGCCAGCCUGAAAAUUUCAUCAAAUAGCGCGGCGCUGCCAUCUUUGUCUUGUCGAUUUGGCUUGGCGCCUUUCCUGUGUUGGUUAUUCUCAGUAGUGGUGAUAGUGUGUUACACGUUUCAAAAUGGCUGGAGGUAAAGCUGGUAAAGAUUCUGGUAAAGCUAAAGCGAAGGCGGUCUCAAGAUCGGCAAGAGCAGGGCUACAGUUUCCAGUUGGAAGAAUUCAUCGGCAUUUAAAAAACAGAACGACAAGCCAUGGACGCGUUGGAGCUACAGCAGCGGUAUAUUCUGCUGCUAUUCUCGAAUAUCUUACGGCUGAGGUUUUGGAGUUGGCUGGCAAUGCAUCAAAGGAUCUUAAGGUGAAGCGUAUCACUCCCCGGCACUUGCAGCUGGCCAUCAGAGGAGACGAGGAAUUGGACAGUCUCAUUAAAGCCACCAUCGCUGGAGGUGGUGUCAUCCCUCACAUUCACAAGUCUCUCAUCGGCAAAAAAGGAGGUCCUGGUGCUCCAGUCUAAUAAAGUGUAUAGCAAGAAUUUCCGCAUUGCAUUUCACGUUGGGUACAUUAUCAGCAUUGUAAAAUUCAUCACGCAUUGGUUAAUAGUUAUUAGUGAUGUGGACAGUGGAGUGACUUCAUUGAACUGUCGGUCUGGACUAACUUGUAGCAUAAGGCAUAGAAUAUUUAGCUUAAGGAGAUUUAAAUAUGAUUGUAUUAGAAAUAAGGUUUAUUUCCUCUGUUCAUGAUGGGAAUGUUUUAUUUAGUAAGCAUUGUGUUCUACUUUGACUUAUAAAAUUUGUUGUUGCGAGCCUCGGCGGGGAUCUGUUGUUAUAUCCCUGUCGCCAGCUGCAUUGACAUAAUUUUAUUACAAUAUAACUUUAUCUACAUUUUUUGUUUGUAAGCUAUAAGCUAUUUAACAUAAUUUGCAGCAUUUUGUAAUUUUUUUAAGACAAAUUGUAAUAAGCAAUGGUAUAUUGUUUGUAAUUUGGUAUGAUUGAACUGUUACAAGUUGUAAGAAAUGUAUUUUGAUCUUUAAAAUAUAUUGGAAAACAAUUAAAUAA